UCAUGUAGAAAUGCCAGGUUGUUCCUUAUUUGGGUCAGAAGCUUUACCACAUCAAAUUUUUGACCAUCGCCCUCUUCAAUUGAAUGAGGAUGAUUACCGACGUGUCUGCCAAAUACCAAUGAGAAAGUGUGCAAACUUUAGGGAUCUGAGAGGUGUACGGGUUCGUGAUGACAACAAAGUUGAGUGGGACCCAGAUAUUCCAAGGGUGUAUCUGCCUUCUGGGAAGCCAUUGGUACCUGAUUAUGCAAUGACUUUUGUAAACGGAAGUUCAUCAAAGCCGUUUGCUCGGUUAUGGUGGGAUGAGACAGUGCCAACUGUGGUUACUAGAGCGGAACCACACAACCAGGCAAUAUUGCAUCCUCAGCAAAAUCGAGUACUUUCCAUUCGGGAAAAUGCAAGAUUGCAAGGCUUUCCCGAUUAUUAUAAACUUCUUGGUCCAAUUAAAGAAAGAUACAUUCAAGUGGGGAAUGCGGUGGCUGUUCCUGUCGCACGAGCCUUGGGAUAUGCUUUGGCUUUGGCACUAAAAGGAUCAUCCAAAGAAGACCCUUUAUUUACCUUGCCUGCGGGGUACCCUAAAGUUAUGAAUCCGACUUCUCCUAUCUCUGAUGAGGAUAGUUUUUAA